UUUGGCAAACACUCUUCUGCUUUCCAGGAUCCCAGGCAAGAAAAUAUUUCCCUGUCCUGUCAUGGACUCCAAGGCUGCAUUUUUGGCUCUUCUCUUGGUUUCUGCAACGCUGACCGAAGGAGCUUCAUUGGCCCGGGUAGGGCUUGAACUUCGGUGUCAAUGUAUAGAAACCUAUUCUAAUCUCAGCCUCCGCGGACACAUUGCAAGUGUCAACUUGAUCAAAAGUGGGCCACACUGUAGUAACAUUCAGGUCAUUGCAACUCUUAAGGAUGGCAGACGAGUGUGCUUGGACCCCACUGCAACGUGGGUGAAAAAAGUCAUCACAAAUCUUCUGGAAAAGGCUAAGGCUAAUGCGGAGACACAGUCCUAAGAAAAGUUUCAAAUUAUAUUACUGUUGACAUCCUUAAAAGAAGCUGAGCCAUUUCCAACAAACCUACAUUUUAAGAAGAGUCUUUUAUAUCAAGAAUCCUGAAAAAUUAUUUAUUGUAUAAUUUCAUUAACAGAAAAUCAUUAGAAAUACAUCUAUCAUAUGCAUAGAGGAAAUGCACUAAUGCAAAGAUGAGAUGGAUAAUAAAGAUUUGGAAAACAAAAGGCAUUACUAAAUGCAGUUAAAAUGGAAGUUCCGUGGUGAUUGCAUAAAGUUACCAUGAUAUUGGCAAUACUUCCUGUUGCCCUUGGGCACAUGACAACCUACAGAUUUGCAUAAGUAUGGAUGAAUCAAAACCAGCCUUGGGCUGUCUAUUGCGAGAAUCAGGUUAGAAUGCCAGGCUAAGGAGGUCCAGGCUGAAAGCCCAGUUUGGCCAUGAAAUUCCUGAGAUGCCUUCAUCUAAUCACCUCAUGGGAUUGUUGGGAGGUCAAGGGGCAGAGAAUCAUGUCCUGAGCAUUGAUGGAAAGACUCAUUAUAUUCACAAAUGUGCAUUAUUCUCAGUGUGUUUCUAUAUUAUUUAUUGAUAUAAGCAUAUGUGGAGUAUUAUUUAUUAUACUAGAAAAUGUUUGUGUCUGAGCAUUUUAAAAAUAUAAUGUUUAUGUUGAGGGAACUAGAUAUUUGAAAGAAUGGUUAUAGUGAUUUUUUAUGUGAAAAACUCAUUAUCCAGAAGAAACAUCUGGAAUGUUUACAUUCAUAACAUGAUCAUUCAAGACUUAUUUAUAUAUUUAUUGAACAAUUACUGAAUACUGUCAAAAUAUUUUUGUACAACCAAUGUGCAACUAAUUAAAUUAUUU